AUGGGUUCGAAUACGAAAAACUACAAAGGUUUAAAAGAACAUAAACGUUGUGAACGUGAAUAUAUUGAACGUAAAGUAGCUCGAGAAGAUGCACCGCCACCAUCAGUUCAAGGUUGUUCUGCGAAUAGUGGAGAUACAGAACGAUCAUCGCUAUCUUUUAGUGAAACAAAUAAACUUCGUGCUCAAUUGGGAAUGAAACCACUAACUAAGCUGAAUGAAGAACCAUCGAAACAACAGGGAGAAAAUAUAAUAUACAAUGGUGAAGAUGUAUUUACUCAUCGUCCAGCAAUUAGUCUAACGGAAAAAAAACACACUCAGCAAAUCAAAGAUAAAUUAUCAUUACAUAAAGAAAAAAGACAAUUAGAAGAAAAGUUUUUAAGUACAAAAUCUUUGAGUAUAGCUGACAGUGAUGAAUUAACAUCAGCAUGGAUUGAAAAAAUGCGUCGAGUUGAUAUUGAAAAACGUAAAGCAGUUGAAAGAGCAAAUUUACCCGAAAAGAUGGAUGAAGAAUUUGGUUUAGGAGAGUUAGUUAAAGAAGAAACAGAAAAGUUGAUAAAAACAAAAGAAAAAAAGUAUACAUCGAAAGAUUUAACUGGACUUCGCAUCGAACAUUCUGCUGAUACGUUCAAAGAAGGUCAACAGAUAAUAUUAACAUUGAAAGAUCAAAGCAUUAUUCGAGAGAAGAAACCUGGUGAACCUGAUAUGUUAGAAGAUGAUGAUGUGUUAGUUAAUGUAAAUACUGAUGAUGAUGAACGAACUGUGAAAAAGACCGAAGAUCGCAAACAGAAAAGUGGACAUUAUUGUGCGUACAAAGAUGAAGACAACGAUGUUGAUAAUUUCGGAAUGCCUACUGAAUCUCGUCUGCUUGAUCAAUACGAUGAGAAAAAGAAAUCAUCAUUUCAAUUAGAGUCCGGUGGCAUUUACGAUUUAAGUGAUGAAAACAUUAUGAAUGGUAUGCGACAAGAAUUUCAUUCACGUAUGCAUUCACGUAACGAAUUUUAUACGCAAUAUGAAUUGGAACAAUUUAGAAAACCAAAAAAGGUAAUUAAGAAAAAACUUCGUACGAGAAAAGUAUUAAAACCUGAUGAUUUAUUGGCAAUGGAUAUUGCAGCAGCUGUUAGUCGGCAUCAUCACGGCAAUAUUGGUACCACUGAAUCAUUGACAACAACGACAACAAAAGAAAUCAUAGCGAGGCAAAAAAAUCGAACAAAUAGACUUAUUAUUGAUGACUUGAAACGUGAAGAUACUGAUCUCAUGGACUCUGAUUUGAUUGAUCCAUAUGAUUUAUCAAAUGUCGUAUUAGAAGAUGAUACAUUCAAAGAGUUGCAAGAUGCUGUCAAUAAAACAAUCAAACUAAAAACAAAAGGAACACAUGCAUUAUCAGAACUGAUCGAAGAGCGUGAUCGUAAACUGACGAUGAAUAUAAAAGAAGAGCCAACGAAAGUGUCAACAGUUGAAAUAUCAAUUAAAGAUAAACAACAAGGGCUUAUUUUGGAUACAAUGUCAGAAUUUUGUCGAACUUUGGGAGAAGAUGCGGCUAUCGUUGUUUCCUCGACAAAGCCAACAACAGCACCUUUAAAUUUAUUGGCUCAACACUUUGUUCUAGAUACAAAAUUUAAUCGCCCAACUAUAACUCGAUCUCGAAUUAAACGAACACAUCGUCAAGCAACAGUUCUCGAUCAUGAUGAUGAAUUGUUAGAAUAUGCGAUGGCUACAGAACAAGAUGAUGAUGACAACAACAACAAUAACAGUCGUAUGAACGGAGAUGAAGAUAAUUCAAUUAAAAGCAUUAUACCAUUUCGAUUCGAAGAUUUAGUGUUAGAUGAGGUGCCUGGUCUCGAUCGUGGUUUAGCGAAUGCAUUACGUCUAGUAAAACAAAAAGGCUAUUUGGAAAAAGAUAAAGGACGACAAAAUGCUUGUAUAACAAGUGAAAUAUCGACAAAACAUUCUAUUAUUGAAGAAAAAAAUGACUAUGAUAUUGAUGAUAAAUUUAGUCGACGAGAGUGCUGUUCUGGUUUUUUAACAGAUUUUAAAGAAAAAGAAGCCUAUAGACCAGACGUGGAAUUAGAAUAUCCCGAUGAUGCUGGGCGACGAAUGAAUAGCCAAGAAGCAUUUCGAUAUUUAUCACGUCGUUUUCACGGUAAAUAUUCUGGUAAAAAGAAAACAGAAAAACGAACAAAAAAAUUAAUUGAAGAAGAAUUGGUGAAAAAAAUGAGUAGUGUUGAUACGCCAUUGAACACAGUUGCUUUGUUUCAACAGAAACAAACUCAAUUACAACAAUCCUAUGUUGUUUUAAAUUUAAUGACCGAUACUGUUGUUACAAAUAAUGACAAUAUCAACGACGGUAUUUCUCUUGAGGAAAAUGCACAAAUUUUAUUUAACAACGAAUUAACAUCCGUAAUAACUGCUGAAAUUAACAAAUGCCAAAUAGCUAAAAAUGAAGAUGAUGAGUGGAAAUCGAUGGAUGACAAGAAAGACGAUGAAACAGAAGAAAAAACUAACGAAAUAAGCAACAAAAAUUUUUUUCCUGAUGAAGAUAACAGUCCUUCAAAUAACUGGGCUAAUUUUGCAUCAUUCAAAACUGACAAUAAUAAUAUAAAUCAAGAAUGUGAGACUUCAUUCACGAAAGAGGAAAACGAUGAGGGAUGGGAAUAUUUUGAAUAUAACACAACACCAAUAGUGACAGAUCUACCAGCUACAAUCAAUUCUACACUAACAAAAAAUGGUAAUGAUGAGGAAUAUGAGUCUGGCAAAUUUAAUGAAGGACACAUAUCAGCAGAAUUGAACUCAUUUGUAGAGCAAGAAUCGAAAACAAAAACUCUUUCGUUACCGAUUUGUGAUCCAUCUUGUAAUAUCAAUGAUAUUGAGUCAAUAAUUCAAACUUGUUUUUUAUUUCCAUCAUCGUCAUCGUCCACCAUUGAAUAUUGCGAAUAUUCUGAAUUACCAACAUUUAUAAAUAAUAAAAAUUCAACUUUGUCGUCUCUGAAACCCUGUCUAAAUGUAUGGAAUGUAUUAUCUGAUGUUUCAAAUGAUCCAUAUGGUUUAAAAUUUCAAUGGAGAAAAUCGAAUAGUGAACAGUUUUUUCACCAAGCACUUGGUGUCAAUGAAAGAUAUACAACUAAAACAACUUCAUUAACACCUACAAUAUUGCGACCAGAAGAGAUCACAUCAACAAUAAUGAAUGAUAAUGUUUAUGGUCAGUUAGAAAAUGAAAAUGAACCAUCCUCAACUCUUAAUUCACACUUUGAUUGGAAAGAAGGUAGUUUAAAAAAUUCACCUACAGUAUUUGAUGCUAAUAAAAUAUUAGAUAUCGAUUAUUUACAUCCAUCAAAAAUGUCUGAUUUGAUGUCUUCAACAAACGUACAAGAAUCAUCAAUAUCAUUAUCAACGUCAUCACCUACCACUAAUGAACAUGCUUGUUCGACUAAAACUACUGUUCCUUUAAUAAAGACAAUUGGACUUUUUCCUGGAUCAUCUUUCUCUCCAACAACACCAACAAAAAUAAACACAAACAAUGUCAAACAUAUUUUAAAAUCAUUACCAAAUUUAAGUUUUAUGAGCGCAAAAAGCUUAAUGUUUAAUGUUCAAUUAAAUGGUGGAAAUGAUGAAACAACAUCGUUAUACUGA